CCACGAAUGCACGAUUUAUAAAGAGCGAAUCUUGUAGAUUGAGCGUCGUUUUUUGUCUGACAUUGGAGGGUUUUUGAACAAUUUAUAGGAUGGAAAAGUUGUAUUCUAUACCGUAUUCUGUACUUCAAUUACCUAAUUUAAAACUGAAGAAGCCAUCGUGGAUUUCUCAACCAUCAGCGAUGACCGUUUUUGCCGCUGUGAUGGUGUCUUAUUUUUUGGUUACGGCAGGAAUUAUUUAUGAUGUGAUUGUUGAGCCACCUAGUGUUGGACAAACUGUCGAUGAAAGAGGGAACGCAAAACCUGUUGCCUUCCUGGCUUAUAGGGUGAACGGUCAAUACAUUAUGGAAGGUCUUGCGUCCUCGUUUCUUUUCUCACUAGGUGGUGUAGGAUACAUUAUCUUGGAUAAAUCAAACGCUCCGAACAUUCCAAAACUCAAUCGAACCCUUCUACUUGUGAUUGGCAUGAUUGCUGUCAUCCUCAGCUUCUUUAUGUCAAGAGUUUUCAUGAGAAUGAAGCUACCGGGAUAUCUCCAGUCCUGAGAAGUUCAAGUUAUUUCAUUGAAGCAAAAUCAGCACUUCCUCAUCAAAACAUGAAGCUAAAAUUUAU